GUAACUAAAACAUUAGCUCGUCUUUAGCUAGCCACGUUUGUCACGAGCAUAUAAAAUUACAAAUUAUAUAAUAACCCAUCCGCCCUUGAAGACCACUGUAUUUAGCCCAAAUCAGACGAUAUCAAUUCGCUAACCAGAUCCCCUUGUCGUCGUGCUUCUCUUUCUUUGUAGAAGUGGUUUUGAAAUGGAAACGGCAACUGCUCUUCGCUCAUCUUUCGGAAUUUGCUGUAGGCCUCCGAAUUCCUCUUCCUGGUCGGUGGUUCCGGCGCCGAAUGGACCUGAUUCAGUGCGGUUUGGCACCUCAACCCUUUUAAUCAAGCAAUUCCCCUCAAUUUCUUGCUCAAAGUUUGGCCAUAGGAGAGUGGCUGUUGGGAGCAGGAAGUGCACUGCUAUCAGAGCGUCGGCUUCAUCUGAUUCAGCAGACUCAGGUCCAAUUGCUCCACUUCAGCUGGAGUCUCCAAUUGGACAGUUUCUGUCUCAAAUUUUGGUAAGCCACCCACAUCUUGUACCCGCUGCUGUAGAACAGCAACUUGAACAGCUUCAAACCGACCGUGAUUCUGAGAAUAACAAUGAAGAGCUAGCAGCAUCUGGCACUGAGUUAGUGUUGUACAGGAGAAUUGCUGAGGUGAAGGCUAAUGAAAGGAGGAAGGCACUGGAAGAGAUAUUAUAUACUUUGGUGGUGCAGAAGUUUAUUGAUGCUGAUGUUUGUUUAACACCGACCAUAACACCCUUAUCUACAGACACGUCCAGUCGACUUGAUAUAUGGCCCAGCCAAGAUGAGAAGCUUGAGCAGCUUCACUCUCCUGAAGCUUAUGAGAUGAUCCAGAACCACCUGGCUCUCAUUCUAGGGAAUCGGUUGGGCGAUUCAACUUCGGUGGCCCAAAUAAGCAAACUAAGGGUUGGUCAGGUUUAUGCAGCAUCGGUGAUGUAUGGUUAUUUCCUUAAACGGGUUGACCAGAGGUUUCAACUUGAGAAGACAAUGAAAGUGCUCCCACAUGGAUUGGAUGAUGAGGAGAUUAAUAUUCAGCAAACAAUGCAGGAGGAUAGAAGACCCAUUGGAAAUACUGGCGACGACUCUUACAAGGUGGCACAAUCCCACCCUGAAGUCUCACCCUUUUCUGGUGGCAUCAGUCCUGGGGGUUUUGGUCCGGGGAUAAAGUCCUCCCGUUUGCGAACCUAUGUAAUGUCAUUUGAUGGGGAGACACUUCAGAGAUAUGCAACCAUAAGAUCCAAAGAGGCCGUUAGCAUCAUUGAGAAACACACUGAAGCAUUGUUUGGUAGGCCUGAGAUUGUUAUCACACCUGAAGGAACCAUUGAUUCUUCAAAGGAUGAAGUUAUUAAGAUUAGCUUUGGUGGUCUGAGGAGACUUGUUUUGGAGGCUGUGACCUUUGGUUCCUUCCUCUGGGAUGUUGAGAGCUAUGUUGACUCGAGGUACCAUUUUGUUACAAACUAAGUUUUAUUCACUUGCAUUGAUGCCAAAGAAAAACUUAAGUGGGGCCCAACUGAUGAACGGAAAAUGCUAUGAUGGAGUGCAUACUUGGAGGGAAGUUUCGAGUUGUCUCACACUAAUUGAGCUGUAUAUGUUCUUUCUUGUCUAUGUAAACUUUGGAGUGUGCUUUCAAUCGUAUUUUGCCCAUGUGAGAUUCUGCUGAUUUGAUGGAAGUCUUUGGUCUAAGUAUUACAAGUGAUAUAUGUGGAUCUCUAUGUGUUCUAUUUGUCAUAUUAGAGUUGGUUGUAUGAGACUACAUUACUCUCAAUGAAUAGAUUUCUGAAAGAAAUAUUCAAGUAGGAUC